AUGGCGAUGCAAGAACUACCGCCCAGAAUUUUCGCCGCCGGCGACGAACCUACUGGCGAGAGGGUGAACUCCUACCAUAAAGCAAAGACCAUCGGUAACAUCAUGGAUGCUCUCGAUGAAGGUGAGAGGAAUUACUUACGCAGUUCGCCGUUUGGGAAGCUCAUCGCGACGGCAGAGAAACCAUCGUUAUCCGGCAGUUUCGGGCAUUACAUUAUCACCAGACUGCUCAAAGUUAACAAGAAACACGAGAUUUGGAUUUGGUUUGCUGGUCGGCCUAUUGGGAUUUCGCUGCGCGAGUUUGCAAUCGUCACCGGUCUUCCCUGCGGCAGGUAUCCCAAAAGAUUAAAGAAGAAGAAACGAAAUCCGAUUAAGGAGAAACCAUAUUGGCCCGAUUUGUUUGGCAACCUCAAAGUUUGCAGUGUUGAUUUAGCAACAAAGAUGCUGAAAAAGAGAACCGUUGCCGACCGAACCACUCGGUUGAAAUAUGCAUGUCUCGCUGUAACCGGCGCAGUCCUCUGUCCUACGAACCACCGGUCCAAAAUCGUCUUUGACCAUGUCGAGUUAAUCAGAGAUCUGGAUGAAUUCUUUCUAUAUCCAUGGGGUAGACUUGGGUUUGAGAUGUUAAUCGCUAGCAUAAAAACAAAAGACGAGGUUGCACUUGCCCAAAGUACCGUUGCAGUUAAAGGUUUUUUUCAGGCAAUUCAUUUAAUUUUGGUUGAGGCUAUUCCGGCGCUGACCGAGGUAGUUCAAGUAAAUGAAUCUUCCGAUUCAUCGGGAUCUGAAGAUGGUGAAGAUGAAGAGGUUGACAUCGACGACACUGUUGAAUCGGGAGGAGGCGUUGAGGGCAAUUUGGAUCCCGAGCCAGUUAUGGACACAGACCGGAUUGCACCCAAAACUAAUCCCAGAUCGGAGGUUCACAAACUUGGACUCAGUCCCGGUCAUGCGAGAGAGAUAGAUGAAGAAUGCAAAGCUGAUGUUUUUAGUAUUAUUCCUGACGAUCCCAAUGUCAGCACGGAGAACAUGGAACUUGAUUGGUCUGAUGACGAGGAAGACCCCACAGUUGAUUAUGUGGUGCAACUUAUUGGCGAAAGUUUCCAAUUCAGGAAGGAAAUGUUCAAGGGGGGGAUGACACAAGCCGAACUUGUGAAGAUGAGAUCAGAGAGGAAGGAGGUAAACAAGAAGAAAGAGAAGGAGAAAUUAAUGGAUUCUGUUUCUGGGAUGCAUACUUCUGACAAAGGCAGCGGUGGCAGUACGAGUCAUCCCGUGGAUAAGACUUGUUCGCUUGUUAAGGAACAGCUCGCAGAUAUACAGGGUUCGUUGUCCGAGGCGUUGUUGAAAAUUUCAGCUCUCGACCAAGUUGUUUCUGGCUUUGAAGAAAAUUUGAAGACAAGUCUUGAUGUUAAAUUGAAAGAGAUGCAGGAAGAGCUUGUUUCCAACAUUCUUGGUUUGUUGGAUAAGUCGCUGUCGGCCAGUGGGAAACAAUCUGUUGGGAAGCAGAGAUCGGAUUGCGGUCAAGGGGGUAAUACAGCAAAUACAAAAACAGCUCCCCGCGCUUUGAGUGCCACCAUUCCCCGGGUAAACGAUGAUUUGAACCCAAAUGUCGUGAUUGCUGAUGCUAUCGGGAUGGUGAAUGCUCUUCCUGGAUCGCGAGAUGGCCAUCAGGGCGAGGAUCUCCCCACCGCGAAAGGCAAUUCUCAGGAGGGAACGGUGAUGGCUAGCAAAGGAACUAACGCGUCUGGCUCCGAGGUUGGUGACAGCAACGACGUCCCGCCGACCAAUCCGGGUGGGAAAGAUGACCACGAUACCGGCUGUGAUGUCGAUGGUGGCAAUGAUUUCGAUGACGAUGUUACUGAUUUCAAUGUCGCCCCACGAAGGGGUAAGAGACCUAGGAUCCAGAAUACGACCUUUACAGAUUAUCAGGUUGAUACUCGGCUUUUGGCAUCCUCCAUGGGAUCGAACCAUUUUUUAUGUCCUCUCGAACAACAGAGGAUUUAUUUUGAGAAGUUUGCACGGUUGCUUUCAACAGUAAAAUCGCUACGUGUGAUCAGCCUCGGGGAUGGAUCAUCUGUUACUGCUAAAGACGUGGUGGAAAUCGGAAAGAGGACUAAACCCAUGUUGGCAAAGAUGAUGAAUGCUCUGUUGCUCUAUGCCCGUGCAGUGUAUAACAGACUCUAUCCCGAGCCAAGUCACAAUAAGACCGAGUUUAUGGAGACGAAAUUUGUUGCUCAUCUCAUGAAAUGCUGGGGGAAGUUCAAAAACCUUGCUCCCAAAGACAGGCCAAAGUUUGUAAUUGGCGAUGCUGUCAUGGAAUACCUGGAACCAGAAACACCCAAACAACCGCCACCAGAAAGAUUGUAUUUGCCUUUCAAUGUAGACAAGGAGCAUUGGAUAGCAGUUUAUGUUGACGUCCUGGGAGGGUCGAUAUUGGCUAUCGACUGUAACACAUCACUUCGGAUGGAGGCGGCCGUUAAAAAAGAGAUUACACAUCUAGCACAGAUGUUGCCGUAUGUAUUGAAAAGGUUAACGGGUUACAAACGUCCCAUCAACUGUAAAGUCUUCUCGAUGCAAAGAGCCAAAGGCAUUCCCCAGAACCCCAUACGUACUGAUUCUGGAGUAUCUGCUGCUCUUUUUGCAAUGCUCCAUUGUAUUGGGGGUGUGGAGAGAUGCAAGUUGAUGACCCCAGAAGAACUUGUCAAUGCGAGCCAGGUAUUGGCUGUGAAAUUCUUUGAGGAAUUUGCUGAAGAACUCUGA